UUCAGGAAGUAGAGCGUUUAUCGCAGCUACGACACGCUUGGGGUUGCGGAAUGCAUGGAAGUGAGACUCGGAACGCGGGAGGAAGUGGGAUUUGACUUCGAGGAGUUUGUUCUGCUGUCAUUUUCACCUAGGCCUCAGUGCUACUAGACAGUCUUUCCCGCCGGAAUGGAGGAAGACACAGAUUUGCCCCCUGAGAGGGAGACUAAGGAUUUCCAGUUCCGACAGCUAAAAAAGAUCCGACUGUUUGACUCUCCAGUAGAUCUUCCCAAGGAACGCUCCAACCUGCUUGUGAUCUCGAACAAGUAUGGUUUUCUGUUCGUGGGAGGCCCUAUGGGAUUAAAGUUUUUCCACACAAAGGAUGUUCUUGUAGCAGUCAGACCCGGGGAAGAUGCAAAUAAAAUUGUUAUGGGACCCCAAGGUAUACACGUGCCUAUGAGUUGUCCCAUUCACCAUUUGGCCCUGAGCUCUGACAAUCUGACACUAUCCGUCUGUAUGACUUCUGCUGAACAGGGAACUUUUGUCUCCUUCUAUGAUGUUCGGACGCUGCUGAAUGAGUCCAAGCAGCAGAAGACCCCAUUUGCAAGUUAUAAGUUGCUGAGAGAUCCCAGCAGCUCUGUUACAGACCUACAAUGGAAUCCUGCCUUACCCACGAUGGUUGCAGUGUGUCUGAGCGAUGGCAGCAUCUCUGUCCUGCAAGUCACAGACACAGUCAGUAUGUUUGCCAACCUCCCAGCUGCUUUGGGGGUGACUUCAGUCUGCUGGAGCCCCAAAGGGAAGCAGUUAGCAGUAGGGAAACAGAAUGGAACAGUUGUACAAUACUUGCCGAGUCUUCAGGAGAAAAAAGUGAUCCCGUGCCCUUCGUGUUACGACCCUGAUAACCCUGUAAAAGUGUUGGAUGUGCUGUGGCUCAGUACUUAUGUCUUCACUGUGGUGUAUGCUGCCGCUGACGGAUCAUUAGAAGCCUCUCCCCAACUAGUUGUAGUGAUACUUCCGAAAAAAGAAGACAAACGAGCAGAGAGGUUCCUGAACUUCACAGAGAUGUGCUUUAGUAUCUGCAGUGAGCGACAGCACCAUUUCUUCCUGAAUUAUAUUGAGGAUUGGGAGGUUCUGUUGGCAGCAUCAGCAGCCUCAGUAGAUGUUGGUGUGAUUGCGCGGCCCCCUGACCAGGCCGGCUGGGAACAGUGGUUGCUAGAAGACAGCAGUCGGGCUGAGAUGCCAAUGACAGAAAGCAAUGAUGAUACUCUUCCUAUGGGAGUAGUGCUUGAUUAUACCUGUCAGCUCGAAGUAUUUAUCAGUGAAUCGCAGAUACUGCCGCCAGUGCCUGUUUUACUCCUCCUGUCAACUGACGGCGUCCUCUGUCCCUUCCACGUGGUCAACUUAACUCAAGGAGUUAAAGCACUAACCACAUUGCCAGCGCAGCUUCCUUUGGAAGGAGAAAGGGAAAUGAAAGUUGCUGGAGGAAAUGCAAAUUCUACUCCUGCCGCACCACUGGCUUCAGUGUCCACUUCUGCUGCCCCCCGCAGUGCAGCUCCCCCUCCCUAUCCUUUUGGACUUUCAGCACAAUCUUCUGCUGCUCCUACCCCAGUACUGAAUGCUUCUGCACCUCUCGCAGGACUGUUACCUGCAGCUGCACCAACAAAAUCAACUUCUCAACCAAUAGCUCCUACCACAUCUAUUUUCCAACCAGCCGGGCCUGCAGCAGCCAGUUUGCAACCAUCCGCACUUCCUGCAUUUAGUUUCUCAUCUACAAACAAUGCAGCUACUGCAUCUCCCUCAUCCUUUCAGUUUGGAGCUGCGACAAUUUCAAGCAGCACUGCUAAGGUUGCCACUCCCCCAGCGAUGCCAUUCCAGCCUGCCAUGGGCAUCCGUCCCUUCGGUACUGCUUCUCUGGCAACCUCUGUUACGACGCAGGCAGCAACAGCACCCGUGUUCACGCCAACGCCAUCCACAGUGAAAAUGAACCUUAAAGACAAAUUCAAUGCUUCGGAAACUGCACCCCCUGCAACCAUCCCAAUCGCUAGUGCCGCUGCCUUUUCUUUCACUCCAACUUCCAAACCCAGUGCUGCAGUCCCUGCCAAAAGCCAGACGGCAGUUAUUCAUUCACAGGCGGCUGUUCCGCCCAGUAGGCCAUUUGCUGUCGAAGCUACACAGGCACCUCCAAGUGUUUCAGCUGGAUCAGCCCAGAAGAACGUGCGAGUUGCCCCCCCUGCUGCAAAGAUAACUGCUCCUCAGCCUCAAAGAAGCGCAGCAUUGGAGAACCAGGCUAAAGUAGCUAAGGACUCUGAUCCUAUCCUAAAUGCCAUAAGAGAAGAGAUUGCACACUUCCAAAAGGAACUGGAUGAUCUGAAAGCCCGGACUGGCAAAGCUUGUUUCCAAGUGGGGAGCGAGGAGCUAAAGAGACAGCUGAGGGCAGAGUCUGAUGGCCUUGACUCCUUUUUCCUUGAGAUUAAGGAAACAACAGAGUCACUACGUGGAGAAAUAAGUACCAUGAAAAUCAAAAACCUGGAGGGAUUUGCCAGCAUUGAGGAUGCCAAGCAACGGAAUAAACUUAAGCAAGACCCCAAAUAUCUCCAGCUGCUUUACAAGAAACCACUGGACCCCAAGAGUGAAACCCAAAUGCAGGAGAUUCGACGACUAAACCAGUAUGUGAGGAAUGCCGUUCAGGAUGUCAACGAUGUCUUGGAUCUGGAGUGGGAUCGAUACCUGGAAGAGAAGCAGAAAAAGAAGGGCACUAUUAUUCCCGAGCGAGAGACGUUAUACAACACACUGGCAAACCAUCAAGAGAUCAUCAACCAGCAAAGACCCAAGUUGGAGCAACUGGUCGAGAACCUGCAGAACCUGCGGCUGUACAACCAGACCUCUCAGUGGAACGUUCCAGACUCCAGCAACAAAAGCUUUGAUGUUGAGUUGGAAAACCUGCAGAAAACAAUGGCACAAACCGCCAUAGAUACACAAACAAAACAACAGCCCAAACUGCCUGCCAAACUGUCCACAGUGAAGCAAUGUCAGCUAAGAAACUUUCUAACUAAGAGGAAAACUCCUCCUGUUCGAUCUCUGGCUCCAGCCAAUCUUUCCCGUUCUGCUUUCUUGGCCCCGAGCUUCUUCGAAGACCUGGAUGACGUAAGCUCGACAUCUUCCCUGUCCGACGUGGCUGAUAAUGACAACAGGAACCCACCACCUAGAGAAAUAGAAAGGCAGGAGACCCCUCCACCAGAGGCCACCCCGGUUCGAGUGCCCAAGCAUGCCGCUGUGGUUCGUACAACAUCUGUGCAGCCCGGCCUUGGCACGGCUUCUAUACCCUUUGGUAAACUGGAAUCAGGUGUACGGCCUGCUACAAGCACACCUGUAGCUCCAUCACAGUCGAUCAGAGUGAUUCCACAAGGAGCUGAUAGCACCAUGAUGGCCACCAAGACUGUCAAACAUGGCGCCCCCACCGUAACAGCUGCACAGAAAGCUGCUGUGGCCGCCAUAAGAAGACAAACAGCCAAUCAGAUUCCAGCUGCCUCUUUGACCGAAUCCACUUUACAGACUGUUCCCCAAGUGGUCAACGUGAAAGAGCUAAAGAAUAACGGGCCUGGCCCAACCAUUCCCACGGUCAUAGGGCCGUCAGUUCCCCAAUCAGCUGCCCAGGUGAUUCACCAAGUCUUGGCCACAGUUGGGUCAGUCCCAGCACGGCAGGCCGCCCCAGCUGGUCCACUGAAGAAUCAGCCUGCACCUGCAUCUGCAACCGGUAUCGCUCCUCAAACAUGGCAGGGAUCCGCCUCCAACAAAGCCGCAGUGCAAGCAAUCCCAAAAUCUGAUCCUCCAGCAACCCCGGUUCCUGCUGCCUCUACAGCUGCCUCACAGGUCAACAAGCCUGUUUCCUUUUCCGCUGCAAGCAGUGGUUUCAGUUUCAACAGUGUAUCUUCUGCUCCUGUUACAACCUCUGCCAUGGGAGGCAGCUCUGCAGGUUCUGUUACCGCUGCAAGGGAUUCCAACCAACCAUCCUCCUUUGUGUUUGGAGGUACCAGCAAGUCUUUAUUUGGUCCUGGGGCAGAAGGAUCGUUUUCUUUUGGAUCAGUUAAAACUGCUUCCUCCACCUCCAGUACUUCCACCGUGGAAUCCACAUUGGGCAAACCUAGUGUUGUUACAGGCGUGUCAUCCUCAUCCACCGUUACUAGCACUGCUGCAGCCAUCGGCAAACCCGGGGAUGGCCUAUUUCAAGGGUUUUCAGGUGGAGAGACUUUAGGAAGCUUCUCAGGCCUGCGUGUUGGUCAGGCUGAUGAGGCGUCCAAGGCAGAAGUUGCCAAAGCGCCCCCUGCUGCACAACCAGUCAAGUUGCCCAGUAACGCUGGUUUGUUUAGUUUUAGUGGAGCUCCGCAGCCAGCGAAGGCUGGAGAAGCACCAUCCUCAACCGGCAGCACCUCUGGUUCUUUAUUUGGAAAUGCGCAGUUAACAAGUACAGGAUCUGCAGCAAGUGCAUUCACCCAAAGUGGCAACAAGCCAGCCUUCUCUUUUGGGCUGCCACAGAGCACUGCCGCUUCAACGGGAGCUACCUCUGCAGUUCCGGCCUCGUUCCAAAGCCUCCUGGUUUCCACAGCUCCAGCCCCAGCAACAACAAUUCCUUCAGCUCCUGUCAACAGCGGACUGGAUGUUAAGCAGCCAAUAAAACCUGUGUCUGAACCUGCAGAUUCAUCCACUUCCCAGCAACAAGCACUGACCAGUCAGUCAGUUGCCGAACAGGUUGCCACAGUGACUCCUGCAGCAACAACUGCCACUGUUUUGCCCCCACCUGUACCAACUCUUGCAAUUCCUCCCACAGCUGAUGCAAAGGUAGAAGGAGCGGCGGUUCCCCCUCUCUCUACCUCGGUCAUUUCAGGUCAGAAUGUAGCUUUCACAUCCACAGUGGUUGCAUCUCAAACCCCUUCAGCAAGUACCCCGGCUGUAGGCCUUUCCUCCCAGGUGCCAGUGCUGGUUACAAGUGCACCCCCCGUUGCUGCUGCUGCUCCCGCUGCAGAAAACACACAGACUGUAUCUCUACCAGUACAGCCAACUGCUGCAAGUUCUGCGUUUCCUCAAUCAACUGCAAGUGCAGCGUCCACUCCAGCAGCGGUGUCCACCCCAGUAUUCGGCCAAGCCGUAGCUUCUGGUUCAACUCCCUCUCCUUUUGCUCAGCCGACCAGCAGUUCCGUUAGUACAACAGCCAGUACAGGAUUUGGCACAUCUACAUUUGGUACGACAGGUGGGAGCGGAGGCUUUGGACAGCCCUCCUUUGGCCAAGCUCCUUCAUUGUGGAAAGGUCCUCCCAACUCCCAAAAUACUUUUCCUUUUGCACAGCCUGCUUUUGGGGCCCAGCCGGCUUUUGGGCAACCACCAGCAUCAACAGCUACAUCUAGCGCCGGCAGCCUUUUUGGCAGUGCUGCAAGCACAAGCAGUGCUAGUUCCUUCUCUUUUGGGCAACCUUCCAAUACUAGCGGCACAUCCACUUCAGGAGGACUCUUCGGACAAAGCAGUACUCCAGUCUUUGGGCAGAGUGCCACAUUCCCCCAAGCUGCCCCUGUGUUUGGAAGUGCCAGCUCCUCUACAACCACCACCUCAUCUUCUGUGUUUGGUUUUGGCCAACCAGCAGGAUUUGCUUCCGGCUCUUCUGGUUCCUUGUUCAGUCAGUCUCAGAGUGGAAACACCAGUGUCUUUGGACAGCAGUCGGCUCCUUCCAGCGGGGGCCUAUUUGGAGCAGGAAGCAGUGGAGCGGGUACCGGAGGGUUAUUCAGCGGCCUCGGAGCAAAACCCAGCCAGGAAGCUGCCAACAAGAAUCCUUUUGGUUCCCCGGGUUCCUCUACUUUUGGUGCAGCCAAUGCAUCCAAUGCCAGCAACCUGUUUGGCAACAGUGGAGCCAAGUCUUUUGGGUUUGGCGGCACAUCGUUUGGGGAGAAACCCUCGGGAACAUUCAGCGCAGGUGGCAGUGUGGCCUCCCAGGGAUUCGGCUUCCCCAGCCCCACUAAGACAGGUGGCUUUGGCGCUGCUCCGGUGUUCGGCAGCCCUCCAACAUUUGGGGGAUCCCCAGGUUUCGGAGGGUCGCCAGCAUUCGGUACAGCGGCAGCCUUUUCAAGCCCUCUGGGCUCGGCGGGAGGCAAAGUGUUCGGCGAGGGGACUUCUGCCUCCAGCACCGGAGGAUUUGGAUUUGGAACCAACACCGGCGGUGCUUCUUUCGGGACCUUAGCCACCCAAAACGCCCCAACCUUUGGCUCCAUUUCCCAGCAGAGCCCUGGGUUUGGAGGCCAGAGCAGUGGAUUCUCUGGGUUUGGUUCUGGCACAGGAGGAGCCACAGGGAACCCUGGAGGGUUUGGCUUCGGUGUUUCCAAUCCCACAUCCCCUGGGUUUGGAGGCUGGAGAAGUUGAGUAAGAAGUUGCCAGUUUUGCCCGCUGUGCCCCCUAUAUUGCACCACGGACAGUCGCCAGCAAGUCUCCUUUUAUAUAUUCCCCGUCCAGUAGGAUGCGCUGUUUUACGUUCCAGAAUAAAAGGUUUUGUUCUAGUUACUGA